GUGAAUUCACGAGAUUUACUAUGAUAAUCUGUGACUUUUUGUGAUUUUUUUUCAUAAUCACUUUUGGUUCAAGCUCCAUCAACUUUUCAGUUAGUACGCUGACAGAAGCUUCGUUUUUUUUUAAACAAAAUGAUGGACGAACCGACUACCCUUAAAGAGGCGAUAAUAAACUGGGAGGAAGAAAAUCAACUGCCAAUAUCUGAAGCGGAAAUUGUCAGUUUCCAAUUUCAGUCACCGCCGAUCGAAAAACUGGACAAUUCUUUGGCCGCUCUAGCCAAUUGCCACACGUUAAGCUUGUCCGUAAACAACAUAGAAAAAAUUACCGGAAUGUAUUGUUUAAGAAACUUGAGGAACUUGUCUCUCAACAAAAACUAUAUAAAAUCUUUUGGUGGAUUGGAAGGUGUUGGUGACACGUUAGUGCACUUGCAACUAUCUUAUAACUUCAUCGAAAGAUUAAAAGGGAUAGGUGUUUUGAGAAGGCUUAGAUUUCUUGACCUUAGUCACAACCUCGUACGUGAAUGGUCAGAAUUCUUGAAGUUGAGGGAACUACCCAGAUUAGAAGAGCUGGUGUUUUCUGGCAAUCAAUUGCAAAAAUAUUACGAACCGUUGAGGUGGAGAGAUGAAGUAGCCAGAAAACUACCGUAUUUAAGGAAAUUAGAUCAUGAGCCAAUUGGAUAUGAAUGACCAAAUAUAUUAUUUUUAAUUUGUAUUUUGUAAUUAUCAUAAUAAAUUUUUGUAUUAGUA